CAUGGUUUUAGAUGCAAGAGGGUUCACGAACCCCACGGAUGGAUCGGCCCUUGCAAUGUGAACCUUAGACCACGGAUCAGAUCCCUUGAUUUGGGCGAACCCAGGCUAGGCCUCAUUAGCUCAAUGCUUUCUUAGCCUUGGGCUCGCCUAACCUGUGCUCGGGACCCCUGAGCUAAGGCCACCCAAAGCCGACGAACCUAUCGGGAGAUGACAGAGCCGGCUGCCGUCACUGCAGAGGGAGAGGGGACCGCCCUGCCGCCGCUGCGAAGAGCAAUCUCCAGCGACUUCAAAUCGGAAACUAGGCUUUGGAAGGUUAUUUCGAUUUUUAGAAAUUUCAUUAUCUUUGUACCCGCCGCAGCCCGCCCAUCUUGGCUGUGUCAUCGUUACGUCUUCGCCUUGCUGAUCGAAGGGGGUUCGGGUAGUGAGGGAGAGUAGUUGCAGAAGAGGGAAGAGCCACAGAAAGAAUCGAUCAGAUUGGAGGAGAGAGAAGGGCAGAUGAGGAAGACGAUGAACAGUACGAGCGGAUUGCACACUUCGAAAAUUCGAAUAAUGGAGGAGGGCAUUUAUGGAAUUUCGCAUCUAUUUUUUUUUGAGGAUUCUAUCGAGAAUGGUCAUUCAAUAUGUCCAUGUGAUGAAUGCAUAUUCAGCAUCCAUGCCUAACGAGGAGCCCGACCCGAAAUUCCUAUUCCGGAUAAGUGAUUUUUCAAACUAGGGAAUUAGUAUUAAUACACGGGGAAUGGAACCCGAAUUCUUGCGAACCAAACAUGCCCGAAGUUUUUGUUUCGGCCAUUUCCUAAUAAGUAUCAAAAGAUAGGGUUUUGCUUCGCCGCCUAUUGAAGUAUUGACCCAGUUCGGAUUCUUUCUGAUUAAAAAAGAAAAAAAAAAAGAAAAAAAGGAAAAAAAGGAUCUUGUAUUUUAAAGGACUCCUCGACCCGACAGAGUUCGCAGCGACAGAGAGUGAAAGGUGCCCGGCAGAAGACUCCCUCCGGCUCGAUGAAUGAUGGAACUCUCGGGGACUCGGGGGUUGACGAGACGCGGGUUCAGAGCAUCGAAGGGCCGGAGCUUCGAGAAGCGGUGACGUUGGAUGAACGCGAGGAGGUCGGGGAUGGUGACGAUGAGCUGCGGAAGCUACUGGUUCCUGAUGUGAGCACUCUCCCCAUCACUCCGCCCUCCUCCGUCGAAUUCAAUUUCGACGUCUACUUCGCUCCAGAUUUUAUUAAGCCGGGGCAUGAUCAGUAUGUGUACCGCCAUCCGAACGGCUUGUGCGUAAUAGGUUUGGCUCCGACGCAUCUGGCUUUUAAGGGUGAAGGUGGUAUCACAGCCGUUGAUUUCAAUGUCGGCAAGUUUGAUAGGAGCCAAAAGAAGGUCACAGGGAAGCGCAAGAGGAGAUCUCUUUUUAACUUUCAGAACGCGCAGCACUUUGAGUCUAAUACAGCUUUGUGCAAAGUUAGCACCAAUAAAGAUUCUUAUAUAGUGAGGUGUUGUGUAAAAGGCUCUUUGUUGGAAGUGAAUGAUAAGCUAAUAAAACAACCAGCACUGCUCAAUUCAUCAGCUGAUCGAGAAGGAUACAUCGCAAUAAUUAUGCCAAAAGCCCAGGAUUGGGUUAAGAUCAAAGGUUCAUUGCUGAGCCUCGAAGAGUACAAGAGACUGAGAGAGCCGAACAGAACGACAGAAACCAUUUAAUUCACAAACACGCAAUAAAUAUCAUUACAAUUGUCUCUGAUGGUCGUGCCUCAAUCGAUAUAAGAGACCAAGGACAAGGUGACUGCUUCAUCAACUCUUACAAUGCCUUUGAUGUCUCGACUUGUCUUUGCAUCGUGUCUUGAAUAAACUUAAUAAAGUUGAGCAUCCGUGUUUGAGAAAGGUACAGCAACUGCUUACCAGAAGAGCCCAGCUUGUAUUUUAAUUUGUCUAGGUAUAGGAACAGAGCCAAUGCCUUUGCUGGUUGGUUAAUUUAUGUUUUUACGACCUGAACCAUUGUAUCCAUCGCGACGACUUGCGUUGAUCGCCCUAUUUUGGUACUGAUAUGAUCUAGUAUGAGGUUCUAUAAUACUAAAUCCCUCUAA